CAUUAAUCGAGUACGUGUUGAUCGAACAACAGUCAAAACAAUGUUUAGCUUAGCUGAAGGCUUUUCGCGACAGAGUGAAUUAAUUCAACUAAAAACUUAUGAAAAUGAAUUCGAGACAAUCAAAUCAUUGCAUACGCUGCCCAAAGACAAGCAGAGACAUUUCAAUGCGCUGACAAUACAAUUGCUGGACAACUUGGAGCAGCCGGCGAUUAAAGUAAGUUGCGCGCAAACUUCACGUUCCCUGAGGGAAGAAGGAAACCGCGUGUAUAAAUCAAAAUGUGACAAAAACGCUGUGGAAGCUAAGGAAUGUAUUCUGGCUGCCUGCCGCAUUUACACACAAGCCAUUCUAGCAGCGGAAGAUGCUUUGGAUGAGCUGGCUUUGGGUUUCGCCAAUCGGGGAAUGGCGCUCCAAGAUUUCGGCUACUUCCAGCAGGCGUAUGACGACUGCGCUUGUGCCUUGGAGUUUGGCUAUCCGCAUCGAUUGCAGCACAAGUUGGUGAUGCGACAAGCACACUGUGCUUGGCAGCUGGGCAAUGCGCAACAGCUGGCGGAGCAUAUCUCAAACUUGAAGGAAUUGCCGUUGAACGACGGCUAUGUGAAGCAAUUGGAACAACUGAAGCAGCAGCUGGAAGUUCUGGAAGCAAAUCCAAACAACGAGCAGUUGGCUGCAAUCCCAGCAGUCCACCGAGUAAACCAUAAAAUCUUGUCCACUCCUGCCAAAGGACGCCACAUGAUAGCUACCACAGCGCUUAAGAAGGACGAGCUUAUAUUCACAGAAGAGGCACAAUGCUUUGUGCCCAUCGAACAGCGUUUGAUUUGCCAGCAAUGUGCCGCCAGCUUGCUGUGCGCUCCCAUUCCAUGUCCAUCGUGUCAUCAGCGCGUUGUCUACUGCUCGAGGAAGUGUCGCCAACUGCAUGCCCAAAUACAUAGCUACGAGUGUGGUGCGUAUCGCAGAAAUCUGCUCAGCAUGCUCGGUGUAUCCCAUUUGGCAUUGCGAUUGCUGCUCAAGCAUCUUCCUGAGUGGAUGAAACAAUUGCCAACUGAGAAUUCUCACAAUGCUGAGGAACUAUGGCAAGCAUUGGUCAACCCAGCUGCGUCAGAGGAUUCCCCAUCGCUGCAGAGUCUACGCAUGAUCACGCAGCUACAUAAAGCACCCCAAGAGGAGUUGGUCUAUCAUGCGCUCUGCGCCAAUCUGCUGCAAGUCUAUCUCUUCAGCUGCACCAGCUUCUAUGAGGACUUAAAGAUGGCUAACCACAGUGAAUGGCAUCUGGUGAUUGCUGCGCUUAUCUUACGUAAUGCUGGCCAGCUGCUCGUCAAUGGUCAUGUGGGCAAUGCUUUGAUAAUUCACGCGCUGCCCUCCAAUGAAUUUCCACUGCUGCAGCCAGCCAUGUGGCAGCGUCCUUAUCAUUUAAGGCGGGGUUAUCUGCACAAGUUUUACGCUUACGAGGUCAUCACAGCCAUUAACUUACCGCUUUUGAGUCUGUGCAAUCAUAGCUGCAAUCCUUCGCUGCGCACCACGUUCGAUGGCUGCCUGGUGAACAAUUACGCUGCCUUUGAUAUUGCGGCUGGCGAGGAGAUCUUCAAUUGCUAUAGCUUGGAUUAUAAGCAUUCGUUGAGUGAGCAGCGUCAGCAGCAUCUGCUGGAGAUCUAUAAGUUUCGCUGUGACUGCUCCAAGUGUGUGCGUCCAGAUGCUGAUGCGGAUUAUCUUAAUUUCCAUCGCUAUCGCUGUGAGCAGUGCAAACAGAGCUUUGUGCCCAAAGCAAAUCUCGAUUGGUGGCAGCAAUCAGGCGAAAUGUUAAGCAUCUGUUGCACAGCUUGUGAAGAGACACAGCAGCUUAGCUGGUAUGAUCCAUUUCUUCAGCUGCUGGAAAGAUUUGAUGAGCCACAAGAUCGUCGCAAGCUCUUUGAAGCAUUUGCUGCACUCAACACUUGGCUGCUGGAUUUCAACAGCCUUAAACUCAGUUUAGCCAAGGAACUAAUUGGAGGAUGCUUUGCAGCCAAGGAUGCGGGUGCAACUUUCGCAGACUACGAUUAUGCUGAGUUGAGCAAGAUAAUUGAGUUCGAGCUCGCUGGCAUUGCAGCACAAAGAGGCAGCAACUCUUUGCUGUACAUCAGCAAUGCGACCUACUUGCUGGACCUGAUUGCGUGGGGAAAACACAAAGCAAACGCUAAGCAGCUGCAGGCAAUGAGAGGCAGCUUCGCUUUCUUGGCCAAGGAGACGCGUGAGAUCUUUGUCAACUAUUACAACGAUUUUAUUGAGCAGUAAUUAACAGUAUAUAUAUAAAUUCGCUAGGUAUUUGUCAAUGAUUUCGAUCUAACAAUAUUAUAAAUUCGCUAGCAUCAAAUCUAACUAAAAACAAAAACACAACAAACAACACUGGCACUUUUGUUCACCUAAUAACUACAUAUUAUUUCUUGAAAACCGGCAAGAUGCGAAAGCAGAGAGCUAUCUUCCAAUGCUCUACCUCUCCAUCUAUAUAAAAUGCGAUGCAUACUCGUGGGGCAUCACGCCACGACGGGGAUAGAAGGUAUGCGAUGUCGAGAACUUGUGCAAAUUCGUUAUGUCACUCGUGUAAAUGUCAGCAAACCGGAAUAGACGACGAGAGAAAUACGUGGGAUUGUGAUACGUGCGAAAAACGCUGCCGAAUUGCUCGUUGAACACGUUCUUCGUUUUGUUGCUGCAAAUGCAAAUUAAGUUGUUUAACAUGCUAUUGUUCACUUUGUUUAGUUUGCAAUUGCUUUAGAAUUUACCGCAAUUGAUCACGCUCAUCCAUCCAUUGUCGCAAACACACUUGAGCCGCUUCGCUAUCGUCGUCCUGCGUGUCCUCGAUGAGCUGAGUGAGCAUCUGCAGCCAAUUGGCGCUCGUCUUAAAGUCCACACGAUUCAGCGUCUGUAUCUCGUGCUACAAAUAUUUGUAUUCCAAUUUAAGUUCACAUCAUUUAUGUAGCUAAUGAUUUUACUUACUGCCAGCUCGCUGAUGAUGGCGCCUGUUCGCCAGCUGUGCUUAAGUGUUACAUCCGCCAGAUCGCUGUAGGGAUGAUCGCCAAAGUAAAGCACGGAGUGGCCACGCCAACCUUUCAGUUCCUGCAGCUGACGCACUGAACCCUGUAAAACAUUUGCAUAAACAAGUGAAUCAAUUAAUACAAUAAAAAUAACGAAGCAAGCUUUUAUAUAAGGUAGAGCCAUACGUGAAGAAAACAAGUGCUUUAUAACGCUUAUCAGAUUAUUUCUUGAAUCGCUGAUACUACAGUUUAUACUUUGGAUCUUGAUUGCAAUUCUUCUUUUAGUGUAGAGCUUAGGAGUUACUAUUACAGUGAUGGGAAGCCCGUCUUCUAUAAUAUUCCUAAAAAUCCAGGAUCUGCAUUUGAACUGGAAAAUGUUGUAACUUACAUUUCUUAAAUUUUUAAGUACUUGUUUGUCAUUUACAAACUAGCAACAAAUCAAUAUAUACUUAACCACUUAGUGUUAACGGCUGUAAAAAGUCUCGUAAAUAAACUUUAACUAUUGAAAAAACAUUAAAAGACUAUUAUGUAGAUUUAAACAGUUGCUAAACAGUUGUUUACUGCCGUUGUUAAAGCAGCUGUCAUUGCAUGCAGCUCACCUCGUAAUAGAUUUUGCCCUUCUCCAGCUUGAAGACGCGAUCCCAGAGAUGUGACUUGGUCUUUUCGUCGAACAGCCGAAUAGGCCGA